CUAUCUCGACCACCAGCACGUCUGGUAAUUUAGGACAGCAGCAAGUUGUAUCUCACUUCGGUCAAGCUCAACAAAGCGUGACCGCGGCAGACGGAGAGCGAAGAACGCCAGGAUCGUCGGCUAUCGCGAGGAUCUCCGCAGUAGCCUCCUCGUCGCACAUGACAGUACGCACGCCUUCCUCCAGCUCAACCACGCGUAGUUCUCAGCCGUGCUACUAUACAGCCACCGGCGAGCUAUCCGAGUUAGAUCUUUUGUAUCCUUUCCUGCGGACUCUCCGCUUGUAUGAUGUGCCACGCUACGUGCUAGUGGACACCAGCUUGCCCCUCUUCCACCAUUUGCAGGUCUUCUGCCUGCGCGGAGGUACCUUCGUGUCUCCGCUGCCGGCGUCAGCCUGCCCGAAGGAAGCGCUCGCCUCCGCUGGCAAGAACGAGUUCCUCUCGUCUCUUUGUGACGAGAUGGAUUCGUCAGACGCCCCACCUCUUCAAAAUUUAGACCGCACUGCCGUUGCUCUGCCACCACUGCACCCGCCAAGCCGAGCGAGGCAGCGCUCGGUCACGGACCGCGAGCAGCAGUCUUCUACUACCGCUGUUGGAGCUGGUGCUGGGUCUGGGUCUACGUCUUCAAAAUAUAAUGUCGAAAGUCCCAAAUCGUUGGACUUGAGAAUCUUGAUCACUGGGUUGGAAGACGUUUUGGGCGAAGACGUUGAACCAGUCUCCUUUGGAUGUGCAAAAGACCCAC